AUGGAAAGUACAUGCAGGAAUUGUGGAAAGAAAGGUCACUGGAGAGCUGAAUGUCCUGAUCGACAGCGCAAUGCAACCUCCAGUGGAACACCCAGCACGUCAGCCGCAAUGACAGCCGAAGCAGUGUCCCUCGAUGGUGAGCCCUACGCUAUGCCGAUGGAGUUUAUCCAACUGACUGAUGUCCGUCCCGCCAAGCCUGUUCUGAUGCAGCCGAAUCGUGAUGCAGCCGCUGAUGAGGUGGCAUUUUUCACAGCUCACGGCGCUCUAGGCAUCUUAGACACUGGUGCCACAAAGUCCGUGAUUGGAAGUAGACAUUUGCCUGCCCUGAUUGAGAGCUUUCCAAAGGAGGUGCAACGUCAAUUAACCAUGGCCACCAGCCGGUCCAGCCGCUUAGAUCGAGUGUUGGCUCAGGGAAGCACGGACAGUGUGGAAACCUUCCGCCAACUGAGCCUCGAAGAGAUGGGUGGGCACAAAGUGACGUUUGGAAAGUCCCACAUCGGGAAGACCUAUGCCGAGAUGUGGAGAGACGAAAAGGGGUGGAUUCGCUGGUUCUCCAAGACGUACGGAGACAGUCAGAAGGACGAACAUCGAAAGAUGUUGGCCUAUGUGGAAGCCAUGGUAGCACAGCACGAGGAGAUCUACGAGAUGGCGCCACUCCAGGAAGGUGCACAAGAAGUGAUCCGUCCGUGUCCAAAAGUCCAGCCCAAGAGCAAAGCCGCCCCGAUGCCAGCAAUGAUGACUGCCGCGACAGAGGUCAUGACAGAGAUGGACGAUCCAUGGGAUGUCAUGGACACCAUGACUCAAGCGGCCAUCAUGAACGGCCCACAACAGGAGAUGAUCGAUGCUCUGCAAAGCCGGGUGCUAAACAUGGAGAACGUGAUGGGGGAGCGAGAGUCCUCGGUGCAGCGCCGGGCUGCUGCUGCUGUGAAUGCGGCUGCUGCGGCAGAAUGCGCCGAUGAGAUGAUGCAGCGGAUGCUGGAUGAAGCAACUGGGUCUGGCCAUGGGGAUGAGGGGCAAAAAGCUUUAGAACCCAAUACCAAUAGAAGUAGUGGGGGAAUGCUGGAUGCUCUAGGACUGGUCUUGUACAGAUUUCAGUGCAUUCACCAGCGUCAUUUGCAUUGGGAGCAACCAGCCCGAUCCUUGAUGCUCAAGAUGCCGUAUUUGUAUGAGAUUUCCCAGGGCACCUAUGCAGCACAGUUUGACAUGUGUAAAGUUGGCGAACUCAAGGUCCUCACGAAGGUCAAGAACAUGAAAGAACUUCCAGUGCUUUGCUGGGAUGAAACUGCAUACGCCCUGCAGGGAAUCAAGCGAAAUGCCGACUCCAAGCGCUUCAGCCAGCCAAGCAGAGCCAAGAACCGAAAUUCAGGACCAGCUCGCGUGAUCAAACAAGAUGAUGCAUCAACGGUGUUCUGCAACAAUGCCGGUUCCAUCAUCAGAGCAGCUCCUGAGCACAUUCAUGUUGCAGAAGACGAGUUGCUAUGCGAUUUGCUCCUGUGCAGUGAUGAUGACAACCUGAUCGACAACGCUCCCAAUGGGGAAGAAAUCGUCUGGCCGACAUACUUGGAUUUCAGGUUGCUAGGCUUCAUAGCCUUGGACGCCAUUUUGGCGAACACCUUGAGACUUCCACUGGCUGCUUGGAAAAGACUGCAGGACCUGCUGGUGGUGCGCGAGGGCUUCACCAGCAGCGAGUACGACAGCUACGUGGAACUCUUCAACCAUUUGGAUCCCAAGAAGAGCGGCGAGAUCUCGGAUGAGUCCUGGAUCGAAUGGUAA